UCUGUAUACAGACACAAUUUUUACAUAUAAGAAAAUCAAAGAAAAAUUUCAAUAAAACAUAAAUUGCAUAAAAAAAUAAACCAAGAGAUAUUUAAAUAGUAUGUGUUAAAGAUACUUGAAAUUAUUUUAAAAUAAUUAAUUUUACGUAAAGGAUUAUAGAGUAUAUGAAAUAUAUACGCAUACAUAUGUCAACAACCGUAAAAAGAAAAAAUUACCUAUGAACAGGAAGAAAACGACAUGAUGAAUGAUGCGAAUGGUUGCAAAAUUGGAUGUCUUUCCGACAAUGUUGAUUUAGAUUUUAUAUAUAGUGAUACGGACACAACACAAAAUGAAGUCGCAGAAUUGUACAGCUACACGGAGUUCAAUGAAUUUCAACUUAAUGUUAAAGCGUUUGAAGACCAAAUGGAAAUAUACAAACUACCACCAAGCUGGCAAAAAUUGACUGUGGAACAGCGUAGAUCGAUUGUUAUGAAGCUAAUGGAUCAACUAGAUGUUUCGAAGAGACAGUUUCGUAUGCAGGCAGCACGAUGCAUAUUGUAUUUAGCACAAGGAUGUUGGGCCGAGGUACAAUCUGAUGAAGAGCAAUUGAAAUCUGCAAGAGAAAAUGUGUUACUGCUCUAUGAGUAUGGAGUAUUUUCGGCUUUUGUUGAAUUACUUAAUUUAGAGAUAGAAAACACAAUAUCUGAAGGUGGAGUUGUAAAAGUUGCUGUAUCUUUAGCGGAUUCAAUGGAUUUGCGUGUCAUUUUAUCAGUUUUAUACAUAAUAACAGAGACAAUACGGGCCGAAAAAGAAAAUGAAGGUGAAGAAUAUAAAGAAGCUUGUGAAAAUUUUAUUAAUGAAAUCAAUAAUCCUUAUGGUGAUGAACUACUAGCAGUUAAGUUAUUAGGAAUGAUAACACGAUUUUGUAGUGGAACCGCACCCCAUUUUCCAAUGAAAAAAGUAUUGCUAUUGCUGUGGAAAAUUUCUUUAGUCAGUUUAGGGGGCAUGGAUGUAUUAAAAAGAUUAAAAAACGAGCAUCGCGCUCGAUAUAACUUACCAGAAGCAACUGAGGAUACUUUAGAAAUAACAAAAUGCAUGAGAGCCAGUUCACCACCAACAACAGCGGCUGAUAUAUUAGAUAAUCAAAAUCAAAAGCGAAAUGCAUUCAGAAGAAUUCGUACUAAUGAAGUACUGCAAGAAAAUUUAAUGAAACAAAGUUCAUUCGAUGAUCAGGAACAGCUUCAAAUGGAUAUGGAAUCUCAGCCAAAUGAUGCAGAGGAAGAUUUAUCUGACUAUUACAGACCAUUUGACGAUCCAGCCUUAAAUUCUUCAGCUCCUGGUCCAGCGGGUCAACGAUAUGAUCAACAACCUUAUAAUGUUUAUCCAAUAAGAAAUAUUACAAGACUACCAUGGGCUCCGAAGGUACGUCAAAAAGACAUUGAUCAAUUUUUGGAUAUUUCUAGAAAUAAAUUUAUUGGUUAUACAUUAAUUGAUGAUCAUGAAAGUUUAGCUGGCUUACCUCAACCAAUACAUGAGGGCAUUAAAACAUUGAAACGUUAUAUGUAUACAAGUCUUGCUGAUGUUCAAAUUAAAAAGGAGGAAGAAAUUACAAGAAAUCCAAUAUCAACAAAAGAAGAAAUUCAAAUGACACCAGCUGAAAUUUUAUAUCAAGCGAUUUUACCGAAUUUGCCUCAGUAUAUGAUCGCACUUCUAAAAAUUUUGCUGGCUGCCUCCCCAACAUCAAAAUCUAAAGCUGAAAGUAUAAAUAUAAUGGCAGACGUUUUACCAAAAGAGGUACCAAUGACUGUAAAACAAUCAACCAAAUUAGGUAUUGAUGUUAAUCGUCAUAAAGAAAUUAUUGUUAAAGCAGUUUCAGCUAUUUUACUUUUAUACUUAAAACAUUUUAAAAUAAACCAUAUUUAUCAAUUUGAAUUCAUGUCACAACAUUUGGUAUUCGCAAAUUGUAUACCCCUAGUACUAAAAUUUUUCAAUCAAAAUAUAAUGGAAUAUAUUGGAUCAAAAAAUUCUAUACCAAUCAUGGAUUUUCCAUCAUGUGUUAUUGGGGAACAGCCAGAAUUAACUUCAGAUAGUCUAGUAAUUGGUGAUUCUGCUCCAUAUUCUUGGCGAAAUGUGUUUUCUUGCAUAAAUCUACUGAGAAUAUUAAAUAAGUUGAUCAAAUGGAAACAUUCACGUGUUAUGAUGUUAGUUGUUUUUAAAUCAGCACCUAUACUAAAGAAAACUUUGAAAGUACGUCACGCAAUGAUGCAGUUAUAUGUUUUAAAAUUACUUAAAAUGCAAACGAAAUAUUUGGGUCGUCAAUGGCGUAAAGCAAAUAUGAAAACAAUUAGUGCUAUUUAUGCUAAAGUAAGACAUCGAUUAAAUGAUGACUGGGCAUUUGGCAAUGAUUUAGAAUCUCGACCUUGGGACUUUCAGGCUGAAGAAUGUACCUUAAGAACAUGCGUUGAUCGUUUCAAUAAUCGUCGAUAUCCUGAGGCAAUGCAAAAAUGUCAAACAUCAAUUUCGGGUGCUAACAACGGUAGUACGGGUAACGCUCAAACAAAUAAUGGCAGUAAUUCUAUUGGCAAUAGACAAAAUGGUAGCAAUGGCAGUAAUACUAACUGUAGCGGAAAUAAUGUUGGAAAUAUUAAUUCUGGAAAUAAUGGAGAUGGAAGUGAUGGUGAUAUUCAUGAUAAUUAUGAUAAUGACAUGUCGAUAAAUACAAAUGGAGGCAGUAAUAAUAAUGGUAGUGGUAUUAUAGGAAACAGCACUUAUGGCUACAACUACUAUGGCGGAAAUUUUUCAAAUAAUGUAUUCGGCAAUGAUUAUUCUCUAGGAUAUGGUGAAUGGGAUAAGAAAAUUGAAUUAACUGAAGAUUUUAAAGCUAACUAUGAAUUAUGGUUACAAGAUGUUUUUAGUCAACAAGUCGACUGGGAUGCAUUAUUAGAUAAUAAUAUUGAUAUUAGAUAUUGUGAAAUGUUAAAUUAAAAAAAACCGAAAUAAUUCUUUAUUUCUAUAUUUUAUUUAAACAUUUACUUUAAUUUGUAUAUUUUUAUGAAAUUAAUUUUGCAAACAUUGUUUUUAAAAAUGCACUGUCAUAUUAUAUUAUUAAUAUGUUUACUAUUAAAUUUUAUUUCCAAUAGGAUUUUGGAGAAUGAAAUAAUCAUGUAACAAUAUAAAACAAAAAAAAAACAAAAUAAGAUUAAAGGAGAAUAAAAAGCUUUCACAUAGCAGACACUUGUUUCUUUACUCAAUUUGCAUUAAGUUUUUGGAUUUUGUAAUUUCUUUUUUGUACUUGCAAAAUAGUUAAUAAAAACCUAUAACGGAUUAAAAAUCAAACAAAUCAAAACCUACAAAAUUU